AUCUGAAAGAAUUAUAUCGAUUUUUUUUACCCCUCUCCCUUUUUCGCAAUAAUAUAUUAUAUAUAUAUUGUAGGUCUAGGCCUAUAGGUCGUAUAAUAGACCUUCGUGCUCAUUAUUAGACAACUAGUGUUAAUAUAAUUCAUUUUAAUUCAACCAACUUCAUUUGCAUUUUUGGAGGAUCAACAAAAGUUUUGUAUGACAGGGGUCUCCUAUAUCCACCAUAGAAUCAUUGAUAGGACAAACAAGAUACAUGAUGAUCUUAUUCAAAAUGGCAUCACUAGAGGGAGAAGCGAAGUCCUGAUGAAUGGUUGAGGACUUCGGUCAGGGUGACGACCAUGCGUAUGACGGAGAUCGUCCGAUUCUUCUUCAUCCUCGUCAUCUCCUCCAUGAGCAUGACGGUCCUCUGUCAGUUCUACCUUCUCUACCAGAAGAACUACCAGGACAUUAGCUUCGGAAGCAGGCAACUAAAAGGAGUGGAGCAGAAUGGAAAGGUCCUUGAUAGGGCGUUCCUCAAGCAGGUGUACCAACUGGAGGAAGGGGACAUAUCUGAGCUCCUUUCACAUCGAUUGCAGCAGCGAGAUGAACCCUCCGAUAACCGGAAAUAUGGCUCUGUCGAGCCUGUUGUCCAGAGAUUACACAACACCAGUGGGAAUUACAACAAUACUGACGCAUCCAGGAAAAUGUUGAGAAACACCUCAAUGAUCCUGCCAAGAGAUAGAGAUGAGAUCGGGAGAGAGUUCUAUGCCAGGUUUGCCCAUGAGCUGGAGACCAAGCAAAAGAUCUUGGCAGUUUCGCCGACAAUGUCGAAGGUUCAACGAAUCAACACCUACGCAGAAGCCUACAAGAAGUACAAUAUCUCGUCUAAGAAGGGCACGGUGGUUGCCAAAAAUAAGCGAGGAGAAACCAAGGUCUUGGUGACGCGCCCUCGUCCCUCACCUACCAAUGCAACAUAUCUCGGACCGAUGCUGGAUUUCGGUGUGGACUUUGAAGAAACUGAUGAUUUCGGAGAACUGGUCCCUGGAUAUAAACGGUUGGUUCAUCCAAAGGGACACCAUAGAGAAAGGUUAAAGAAGGUCAAAGACAUAAAGAAUCCUGGUGUUUUAAAUUCAACUAUUUGGAAAUCGUAUAUAGACUUGCAUGAGUACAGGUACAUCUUAAACCCGAAGCAAAAAUGCCUCACAGACGAAGGGACAUUCAAGCGUGUAUCCUUGCUAAUGAUUGUUGCAUCAGCGCCGAAGAAUUUCGAACGUCGUGACGCAAUAAGACGAAGUUGGGGUAUGACAGGACGGAGCACCGAAAUGCAUCUUGAAACCGUAUUCCUUGUAGGUGCUGUGUCAAGUAGGGAGGUCACUGAUGACCUCAGUCGCGAACUCGUCAACUACGGCGACAUCGUGCAGGAGGACUUCGUUGAUUCCUACCUAAACCUGACUAUCAAGACCGUGAUGGGUCUCAAGUGGGCCAGCAGGUACUGCCAGAAUGCCAAGUUCGUGAUGAAGACAGACGAUGACAUGGCAGUCAACACGAUCAAGAUGCUAAUUUACCUGCGAACAGCGCCCUCACGGAACUUUGUGGCCGGCAAGGCUGCCUUCAACUUUGACAUCAUACGAGAUGUGUAUAAUAAAUUCUACGUUCCAUAUUCUGUUACGAAGGAUGAUAAGUAUCCGCCAUAUUGUAUCGGGAUAGGGUACGUAAUAUCAAUGGACGUGGUUCACAAAGCCUACAUUGCCGCACUUCAGACACCACUCUUCCCCUGGGAGGACGUUUUCGUUGGGCUUUGUCUUCGACGGAUCGGGGUGAUCCCAACCAUGAUCAAAGGUUUCAUGGGAGGAGGGUUCUUCGAUGACGCCAAGGGAGGCAUCCUGAAGACGGAUCAUACCUCACUGAACCGUUUAAGAUCAUCUUACGUCAUACAUGACCUCACUGUGAAGCAGCUUGGAAUGGUUUGGGGCCAGUGGGCUGGGUUAGCUCAUUCGUAACAGAUAGAGGCAAAACUCGCGUCAAUGGCCCAUAACUGGGUUUAAUACAGGUGGACAUGUGCGCUAUAUAAGUAGCCACCAUUAUUAUUAUUAUAUUAACACUGGUUUAAAGUUAUGGUUUAACUAUGGAAAGCCUAUUGUCACAGGUAUCUCUAAUAGUACAAUUUAUCAGCUCAUUUGACACUCAAAUCAUUCAUAAAAUUAAUUGGAAUGAUUAUUGAAAUAGUUCUAGUCAUCAAUGAAACUAAUGGAAGGGGUCAAGUAAAGAUAGGAAACAUAUAACAUAAAUGCAAAUUUUUUCGGCUUCCCAUAAUUUUAGCACAGAGUUAGACCAUGGCAUAUAAGUUUAACUGGACUUCCGAAUACGGGCCAAUGAAAAGGAAGCACACCAUCUUAGUUAAGAUGAGUAUAUAUAGUCACAUAGAAAGAUAUCGCCUAGAGCAGGUCACACUGUAGUGUCCUUACACGGCAUCUCAUUUUCGGGAUUUAUUCAAAUAAAAUCAUCGUUCAGUAAACAAUGGUAGAAGAAGAGACUGUCGCAUCAUGUUUUUCCAGUGUAUAAUAAAUAUGCCAUUGGUUUAUAGUUUAAUCAGUAUAUCAAUUAUGUACAUUGUGUAGUGCAAAGAGAAGCUUUCUUUGAGCACAUUCGAAGUAUACUGAUUAGCAGCGUUUAAUAGACUCAUUUAUGUAACAACAUCGUGAUCAUAUCGAACUGGCCCAAAUCAUCAUUUCGGUCUAUAGUUCAAUAUUCCUCGCUUUUUUCAACAUUACCGGUCUAGUUCAAUAAUUUAUGAUCGACCUAUUCCAAUAUUCUCGUCCGUCAUCUUUUACAGUUUUUUUUUUAAUACAAACAUUAUGUUUUUUCAUGAUUUCAUCGAAUUUAAACAAUAAUGGUGAUCACAAUUUUUUUUUUUUACUUUCCUUUUGUAUCAAAUAGUUUAUUUCGUGUUUUUUUUUUAAGUCGGUAGCGUUCGCCUGGAUCCCUAGAGCCUUGCUAGUGCAGAAUCUUUUCACUGUACGCAAUUAAUUGAUGAUUUACCAUGUUCCAUGGGGAAAUCGUUGAUAUCAAAAAUAUAUAAUUAAUGUGUGACGUCAUCGGCUUUCCUCAUUAUAUGUUAAAGUUUUAUGCUUCACUUACCUCAAAUGAAGUGCCUAUUACUAUUUUGCUAAAAAAGACGAAAAACAAAGGGUGAAAAUAUUCCUGGUAGAAAUGACAGGGGAAAACUAAUAGAGGCUUGACAGAGGCAAGGAGGGAUAUCGAGCGAGGGAGAGAGGGAAAGUGGGGGAGAGAUGGAGUGGUGAGAGGGGGAGUGGGGAGAGGGAAGGGGGGAGAGAAGCGAAAGGGAAAACAACAUUGAAAAUAACAUUCUAAGUGAAAUAUAUAUCAUGUAUCCUAUACAUAGCAAAUUUACGGAUAACUUGCAAAAAAGAAACACACAUUAUGUCAUGUAUGUGUAAUAGUUACUUGGUUAAAUGUAUAGGUUAACAUGUCUAUUCUGAUAAAAUAGCUAAAGGGUUUACAUGCUAGGGAUAAGAUCUUAUGUAAAAAGAUAAUUGUAAGAGAGAGAGAGAGAGAGAGCUCUAAGGGGCGGUGGGAGGUUGAGGACAGAGGACGUAUCCAUCUUCAUCAUUAAAGUUACGGACAAUAUAUUUGAUAUUAUCAUUCUUCUUUAUAAAUGGAUAAAAUAAUUUAAUUUAAUGAGUUUUAAUGCGGGAUUGUCAUUUUUUCAAGCAGUUUGCCUACGAUGACAAUCCUCCUGCAGAUUGUAAAUACUUGGUAGUAGAUCAUAUUUGUUUAGCAUGAUAUUUUAUUUAGUCCAUUUUCUUUAUGAUUCAUGCACAAAAACAGUAACUGUUUGUUAAUGUAAUGGAAAAUGUAUUAUACGAAUAUUAUGAAUGCAGAAGAAAACAUU